UACGUCGAAAUUUUUAAAGAAAGAAACCCAACACAUCCGGGAAAUCGGCUUUCCUUGCUCUGGGUCUGGGCUGGCCCCUUUUUCCCAUAACUGGCUUCAUUGCAAUUGCAAUUCCAAAAGGCAACAAGAUUCUUACUUCUUCACUGAUCCAAUGAAAGCACAAUCAAUAGUAGGAACUGUCAUCGCUUUGUAGAAGCGAAAUUCGAACGCUUUUGCGGGGUUUUCAAUGUAGAACCCAUUGCCCGCGACGAUCAUUAAUCUUCUACUACUACUCCUUUUUUCCUUAAUUUUGUUUGGGUAUAUGAUGCUUUGUUCUGCAUUUAGAACUCAGAUACAGACGUGGCUUCGUGAUUAUGACAGGAUUCAAUCCUUUGCUGUUAUUCUCAUCUAUGUUCAGAUUGGUUGUGCGAUGAUUGGAUCUCUUGGGGCAUUCUACAACGGCGUUUCACUAAUCAAUUUAGGGAUUGGGUUAUUCGCAUUGGUGGCUAUUGAGAGUAGCAGUCAGAGUCUUGGUAGAACUUACGCUCUCCUUCUCUUCUGUGCCAUCUUACUCGACGUUUGUUGGUUCUUUCUUUUCGCAUCCGAAAUCUGGAAUAUUUCGUCUACAAUUUAUGGAACCUUUGUUAUCUUCUCGGUGAAACUCACUCUCUCCAUGCAAAUUAUCGGAUUUUGUGUGAGAUUAUCAUCUUCACUAUUGUGGAUUCAAAUGUAUAGGCUGGGUGUUUCUUAUAUAGAGAGUUCAGUUCCCCGAGAAGCAGAUGUUGAUAUGAGAAACAGUUUUCUCAAUCCUGCAACUCCCUUAACUAGACAGCCAUCCAAUUCUGAUGAUGCUCUAGGUGGUUCUGUAUACGAUCCUGCAUAUUAUUCCUCCUUGUUCGAAGACGGUAAAGACGAAACAUAUUUUUGCAGGGGUAGUCCAAAUAAUGGCAUUGUGAUUGGAUCACCUUCUACGGCGAAAGCAAUUCAAUUUAAGCCAUCAAUAAGCAGAUCUAUCCGCAUCACCGACGACGAGAAUGCUGCAAGAAGUCCCCAUCAUGUCUGAAAUUGGUUGUUUUUCGAUGAGCAUUUGGGAAACAUCCAUUCUCCAUUUUUUAUCUGGAGAUUUAGUUUAUGCACUUGAUCCAGCAGGUUUGUGUAUGGUAGUGAGUUCUGUACAGUCACCAAAUGGUAGUAUUCUUUUCCAGGAUAAAUACAAAUGAUAAACCUUGUCUUUUUGUUGUCAUGUAAAGAUAAUCAUGUAAGUUCCCAUAUUUUGGCAAUGCAAUUUUACACCUUUCAAGUAAAAGCGUUUUGAAGA